GUAUCGUGGCCACAUUGAUAUUUCGUGAGGUUGGUACUGACGCCUGUCGCCAGCUGUCACGAGGUCGGAACGGUGAAGGGAGGCCAUUGACUUGGGAGUGUCAUGUGAGUGCAGAUGGCGGCGUGAAUGUCUUUGUAAAUUAAAUAAGUUAUUUCCUGUUGCAUAGUUCAAUUAUUGCUAUUGCAAGUUAUAUUUGUUUUUUUGGGUGAAUUAAAGUGACGGAAUAAUGGAACUGUAAGAAAACGGAUCUCACGCCGCCAUUCUGGAGAAAUCUCAUUACUGAUGGUAAACCCUCUCUAACACCGAGAGCAGACACUUCCAACGUUCAAUCAAUCAGGGAACAAGCCAAAGGAUACCGUCUCCCAUUUGUUUUUGUAUUGAUUCAUCAUCCUGCACCCUCCGAGGGUAGUUUCAUUAGCUAUUGGGCAGUUGCACCACUUCGGUGAUAACUUCGUUCCACGGAUUUGGUACCAGACACCAAGGAUCGUUGUUGGAACAUGUGAAAAGGGGUUUGUUUUGGGGGACAUUUGUUCAUACCAGUUAAAGACAUAUUUUUUUUUUCUAGUAAUAUUCAGGACAUUUCAUACUUUCAUAAUUUAAUUACACAUAUAUGUUUUUCUUUCUCCACAAAUUUAAGUACAUUUUAGAUAUAACAGCCAUACCUUACAGUUAGUAGUGUUCCCCAAAUUUAUAUAAUUCCUGGUAGAAGUUUCGAGCUCGAAUAUUCUCCACCUACAUGUUCUUUUCACUUGGUUUGUAUUAAUUUUAGACUUGUUUCCUCAUUUAAUUUAAAAAAUAAUAUUAGUUCAAUUCACCUAAAUUUAAAAUCAUUUAACUUGCUUCAUAAUUUUCAAUUUUUAUUAGAUUUUUUGGUAAAUAUUAUUUAACUUUCGCUAUUAAACUUUUUAUAUUAAAUUCGAAUAAAUCCCUAGUACCCAUCCCCUCAGGAAGGUACUAGUUUUACUUGCUGUUAGUAUUUAGAACCACUAGUCAGAAAAGGAUCUUUGUAUCCAGUACUAAGUUGGUUCAUUUAGGGACUUGUUACCCGUCAACUCAUUGAGAGUUGUAUAAUAUAUAUUAUAUACAUUAGGUAUUUUCAUUGUUCUAAUAUCAGGUAGUAUUCAAUUAGGGUGUACGUAUUACAAUCGUACAAGUGUUAUUUGGUGAAGGGUUCAUACUAAUCUAGGUGUAGUUUGUACUUCCUAUAUUAGAGGUACUCAUUUGUAAAAUUUUCUAACCUCAUUCACAUUAUGGUUACAUUAUUUAAUUGUAUAAAUCUGUAAAUGACUUUCACUAGUAUCUACCAUUUCUUGUCAUUUUAGAGUCACAUACUAGUCACUUGUUUUAACUCAGAGAUUGUGAAUAUCUAGUAGUUAUAUUUAAUAAAUAUAUACAUUUAUUGUGAAUUUUUUUAAUUCUUUAAAUUUAUACAUUUAAUAUACUUGUACUACAAAUUUAAUAUACUCUAUAGCAGCGUAGAAUACCUGGAAGAGUGUUAACCUAGUUAGCCUUCUUCUGGCGCCCAAAAAUUUAUUCUAUUUUCAUUAUAUUAUUAUAUUUACUCUAUCUAUCUUCUGAACAUUAUCUUAAUAUCUUCUUUUCUAGCCAUCAUUAUCAUUUCCUUUAAUUUAUUGUCUGGUCAAAAAUAGGCGUGCAAAUUGGCAGAAUCCUUCCUUGAGUGUCAAGUGGCCAUUCUCUUGCAUAUUUAGCUAGCCAUUCAAGUUACAUUUAUCUAUUCAUAAUUUUUUCAUUCCCUUUCUCUAUCAAGUAUACUGUUUUCAUUUGCAUAGUUCCAUACUAGUACUACUGCAAAGUAGUAUUCUAGUUACCUCGGCUUCUUCAACGUAGAAGCCAUCCAUUUUUAAACUUUGGCUACAUUAAGUAGGUCUUCUUUUUCCUACGUCUGUUUGGAGUUUAUCACUCUCUGUGCAUUCACUCCAACAGAAAAUCUUCUUCUUUCUUGUUACAUUGGCGCCCAACGUGGGGCCUUAUUUUUGGUCUAAGACAGUAUUCAUUUAGGUCAUUUCUUUUCUUUUAUCUGAAGUUUCUUUGUUAUUUCCGUUGGUAUAUCUAUACUCAUUUUAUUACUUAUUUAUUUUAUCGUUAAUAUUUUCUGAUAUUUAUCAGGUAUUCUUAUACGCUGUAUUUAUUUAUUUUUUUUUCCAUAUUUUGAGACCUCAUUAUAGUUUAUGAUUGUGCAACUCACAUUCUAGAUUAGAUUUUGUAUUUUAUUGGGAACUUAUAUUUAAUAUUGCUAUUACUUAUAUUACAUACAACAUAUAUUUUAUUCCUCCAUCCAAUAGUGGUAUAUUUGGAGGUACACUUAAGCGUUGAUCAUAUAUAUUUUUUUUCUAGAGUGGUAGUAAGUUACAUAUAACUAAAAAUUUAUUUCCAGUAUUUAGGUACUAGAUUUUCUUAAGUAUACUUUAUUUACUGGAUCAUUUAUUUAUUUACUUGAUCUUAUUUAUUUAUUCGCUUAUAUACCUGAUAAUAUAUAUUUGCUGGCCGUUUUGAUUUUGUUGGUGUGUUGCUAAUCUUUUCUCAGUACUUAUAUAUUCUGCGUGCAAACUUAGUUAUAUUUCAUACUUCUGAUCUUUGGACUGUUUGUCAAUAAUUUUGUUAUCAUCAUGUGUGCUUUUAAAGUGGAACAUCUUCUGGUGGACGAAUUGGACUAUGAGUUGAAUAUUAGGGACGUAGUACCAGAGGAGUCGGCAACAGUCGAUAGAAAACGCAAUCUUCUGCGGGGUGCUUUAAAACAAGAAGCAGGCAAUAGGAGUUUUCUCCAAAUUUCAGCUGCACAUAUUCCUUUUGAGGAACAACAGAAAGGAAUCUCUGAAACAUUAGACAGCUUGUCUAAAAAAAUCGAGAAGUUUCGGGGAACUGUAAAUGAUGCAGAAUACGCGCGAUUAACAUCUCGUUUAGCCCAUAUUUCUGGCCGUGUACACUUGUUACACUGUGCUACUGAAGAACAGGAACCUUUUAAGAAGUCUGUUUCUCUUAGAAUAUUAACCCUAGAGGGUGAACUUGAUUCUAGAGUUAACCCCGUAGCUACCUCUACUCCUAAUGCUCCCGUCAACGUAUCUAGCUUCACCUACCCCAAACCUGUGCAAGUACACAAAUGGGGUAUUUCAUUUUCUGGUGAAAAACAGCACACUGAUGUAAUGUCGUUUUUAGAAAGGGUUGAAUGUCUUCGUGUGUCUAGAGGUGUCUCUGAAGAGGAUUUGUUUGCUGCUUCUGCUGAACUGUUCACCGGUCCAGCUUUUACAUGGUUUAUGAAUAAUAGGGGUAGUUUUUCUUGUUGGUUGGAUCUGAUUAAAAGGUUGAAGUCAGAUUUUCUUCCUUACUCAUUCCAGGACGAUUUACUAGAUCAAAUUAAAAAUCAUAAGCAGAAACCUGGGGAAUCUGUUACUAUGUUUAUUAAUACUAUAUUAGGUAUGUGUAGUCGUCUAGACACUCCUUUGUCAGAUUUAUCUAAAAUUAAAAUUAUCCUUAAGUGUCUAUUACCCUUUUACCAUCAACAAUUAGCUCUGAUGGACAUUCAGAACAUUGAUGACCUCACUGUAAAGUGCAAACGUUUGGAGGAAACGUUAUCCUGGUCUUCUCAACCUCCAUCCACAUCUAGAUCCUCUUCUAAUUCUUCUUCUCAGCCAACUUCCUUUAGGCAACGUUCUUGGCAAAAUAAGGGUCAUGAACAUAAUGUUUCUGUUGUUAGUUCUGUUGUCUGCUGGAAUUGUGGUCAGGUUGGCCACCCGUUUUACAAUUGUAGGAUUCCUCAAACCCGUAUUUUCUGCCAUGGUUGUGGCCUAGAGAACACCCUUAAAAGGAACUGUUCUAAGUGUUCGGGAAACGAAAUGUCGGAGUUCCGUCCCCUGAGCGUUUCUCCGUCCACCUCCCAAUCAGGGAAUCAAACUCCAUCAGACAACGAGACCGUCGGCCCAAGCACACCCAGCAACUCAAACCCAUCUUCCAGUCGGAAAGGGAAGAGAGUACCGUUCAAGAAACAAGCACACACCACAAAUCAAAAUCAGUCCAGAGAUUAACUUUUUGUC